CAUUUCCUUUGGGAGAAGUGGAGAAACGAGACGGUACGCGAGAGGGCAGCGGAAUUCGAAGCUGAAGUCUGUAUUUAAAAGUUAUUUUUUGUAGAAAUUACUUUAUUCAGUAUGUCAUUUAUCAGAAUAUUUUCACAAAAUAUUUUACGUGUAAAACCGAAUUUCCUUCCUGCCGUUUCUAGUGUUCGGAGUGUUUCAGAUUCAACUAAUUUGAAAGAAGUUUUGGCAAAUCUCAUCCCACAACAACAAAAUGAGGUCAAAGAAUUCAGGAAGAACUAUGGGAAUAAGGUCAUAGGUGAAAUUCAAGUAGACCAGCUGUAUGGUGGUAUGCGGGGCAUAAAAGGCUUAGUAACGGAAACAUCUGUGUUGGAUGCAGAUGAAGGCAUAGAGUUCCGUGGCUACAGCAUACCUCAAUGUCAGAAGCUCCUUCCAAAAGCACCUGGUGGGGAAGAACCUCUACCUGAGAGUCUGUUCUGGUUGUUAUGUACAGGUGAUAUCCCAACGCAACAACAGGCUGAUGCUAUUUCCAAGGAUUGGGCGAGUCGUGCUGAUGUACCGUCCCAUGUUGUACACAUGCUGAAUAACUUUCCCAACACUCUGCAUCCAAUGUCACAAUUCAGUGCAGCCAUCACCGCAAUGAACAGUGAAAGUAAAUUUGCAAAGGCUUAUGCAGAGGGUGUACACAAAUCUUUGUACUGGGAGUACACAUAUGAGGACACAAUGGAUCUUAUUGCAAAACUACCCACCAUUGCAGCAAUCAUCUACCGCAACCUUUACCGUGAGGGCUCUAGCGUUGGUGUAAUUGAUGCUGAAAAGGAUUGGUCUUUCAAUUUCACCACCAUGCUUGGAUAUGAGGAUGAAAAAUUUACAGAAUUGAUGCGUCUCUAUCUCGCAAUACACAGUGACCAUGAGGGUGGUAAUGUCAGUGCUCAUACUGUUCAUCUGGUAGGAAGUGCCUUAUCCGACCCCUACCUCUCAUUUGCUGCAGGUAUGAACGGUUUAGCUGGCCCACUCCAUGGAUUGGCUAAUCAGGAAGUACUGGUCUGGAUUACAAAGCUUCAGGAACAACUAGGAGGUGAAGUGUCAAAUGAUCAACUUAAGGAAUUCAUUUGGAAUACUUUGAAAUCAGGACAGGUUGUACCAGGAUAUGGCCAUGCUGUAUUGCGAAAGACUGACCCACGUUACAUGUGUCAACGUGAGUUUGCAUUCAAACACCUACCAAAUGACCCGCUCUUCAAGUUGGUUGCCCAGAUCUAUGAAGUAGUACCUGAUGUCCUUUUGGAGCAUGGUAAAGCCAAGAACCCAUGGCCUAAUGUUGAUGCCCACAGUGGCGUCCUGCUACAGCACUUUGGUAUGACUGAAAUGAACUACUACACUGUAUUAUUUGGUGUUUCUCGAGCUCUUGGCGUACUCGCCUCCCUUAUCUGGGACCGUGCUCUUGGCCUACCGCUCGAACGACCAAAAUCUAUGAGCACGAAAGGACUCAAGAAACUUGUUGGUUCAAGUUAGGUUUAUAAAUAAUUUACUGCAUAAAUGAAAUACACAUAAAUUAAUCUGAAGAAAAGGAGUUUAAAUUUUACGGCCAAUAUAUCUAUUACUUAAACUAACUUAUAAGGAAUUUUGUGUAUUUAUAUAAAUACAGAAACUAUAUGUAGAUCGAUUACAGAGGGAAAAUGCUGUUCACAUAGAAAAAUGUUUGAUCAGACCUCGGCAGACUUAAAAUUUGUAUGAUUAGAUAUGUCACACAGUAAGUAUACCCUAUCAGACAAAGCCUGAUCAACUAUUGUGUGUUGAAGGCACAUGUGAUAAUAUAUUUCCAGCUUUAGUGCAACAUUAUAUCAAUUGUCAGCACUGUUAAAGGAAUUCAUUAGAAACCUCCAAUUGUUGAACAUACCAUACUUAACCAUUUCUCAGGUAUUGGGUACAUGACGAAGUGUGUCAUAGGUUGAACAAUGUGAAGUGAGAUUCUGUUCAAUCCAUUGUCAACAAUGCAUUAGAGUUUAAUUUGAACAAUAUGUAAUGAAUGAGAGUUCGUGCCAUAGUUCCAAAACAAGGCGUCCUCCAAUCAAUGAAUUUUCAUUUGCAAAAAAAUUAUUUCAGCAGUAGGGAUGAUUAUUGUGUCAUCAAUUGAACCAUGGUUGAACCAUGGUUGUUAAUUCAAAGGUCAGGUAUAUGGUAGAAGAUUGUUGUUAAUGAGUAGAAAGAACCCUUCGAGACUGUAUAUGUGUUGCAGCUAUGUGAUGACUAACUAGAUCUUAGAAUUAUGUUUGCAUAAGCACCUGUGUACAUACAGUAAUAGUACUAUCUGCUAUUUAUAGUGCUUUUCUCCUCAAAGCAUUUCACAUUGUCACACUUUCUAGGGUACAUGUCGUGUCCCUUGGGUGCUUGUUGUACAGUAAUGUAUGACAACCCUGGGUAAUGUAGAUGCCACAUCCACUGUAUAUAGCAUAUUCAUUGUGUGUUGCUAGAUUAAAUAAUACAAUACAACUUGAAUGGAUUUGAAAGAUAUGAAAUAAGUAUGGUAACCCCUAUUGAUUUAACGAUUCCGAAUGAUCUAUUCUUUGUACUUGGUAAGUGUUGGGAGCAUUACAUGGAUUACGUUAAAUUAGGUUGAUUAAAGUGUUGUAUUUGAGUUGAAAGUGUAUUGUUAACCGAAUGUGUUUUUCAUCAUAUGCAAUAAAGAGAUUGAUUUGUGCAACAUAA